GGGAAUGGAGGCAGGGAGUGAGCGCGCGCGCUCUGUAGCAUUACUAACAACAACAACAAGAACUCCUACUGAGAGCUGGCAUGGGAUAAACAGGCGGUGAGAUACACGUGAUGCUGCCCUCAUCCAGAGCUCGGUGCUCGGUGCUCGCGCUCCUCUCUCCAUGGUAAACGGACAGCCGAAGAAGCUCGUGGCGGUCGAAGGUAUGGAGGCUUGUGUGUCUCAGACACACACUCCACACACUCAGCAGCACAAGAAACGACCCGAGGACUUCAAGUUUGGGAGAAUCCUGGGAGAAGGCUCCUUCUCAACUGUGGUUCUAGCAAAAGAGCAUUCUACAGGAAAAGAAUACGCAAUCAAGAUUCUGGAGAAGCUGCACAUCAGGAAGGAGAAUAAAACGCAGUAUGUCCAGAGAGAGAGGGAUAUCAUGUCGAGUAUCGAUCAUCCCUUUUUCGUAAAGCUCUACUUCACAUUUCAGGAUGCUGACAAGUUGUAUUUCGGACUUAGUUACGCGAAGAAUGGUGAACUACUCCGCUACAUUCGCAAAAUAAGCUCUUUCGAUGAGGCAUGCACCCGCUUUUACGCCGCAGAAAUAGUCUGCGCUCUUGAGUAUCUUCAUUCCAUAGGAAUCAUUCACAGGGACCUGAAACCAGAGAAUAUUUUACUCAACGAGGAGAUGCACAUUCAAAUUGCAGAUUUUGGAACGGCAAAGAGGCUUUCUUCUGAUAGCGCUCAAACAAGAGCAAACUCUUUUGUUGGGACUGCACAAUACGUUUCUCCAGAACUGCUAACUGAAAAAUCAGCAUGUAAAAGUUCGGACCUUUGGGCUCUGGGCUGUAUCGUUUACCACCUGGUAGCUGGCUUGCCCCCCUUCAGAGCAGCGAAUGAGUACUUGAUAUUCCAGAAGAUAAUGAAACUGGAGUAUGACUUUCCAGAGAAGUUCUUUCCCAAAGCUAAGGAUCUGGUGGAGAAGCUAUUGUGUUCAGAGCCUGCCAAGCGUCUCGGCUGUGAAGAGAUGGGGGGCUACGUUCCUCUGAGAUCCCACGUGUUCUUUGAGAGCAUCUCUUGGGAGAACCUCCAUCUGCAGUCUCCUCCAAAACUCACCCCGUACCUGCCAGCCAUGGCCGAGGACGAAGAGGAGUAUUAUGGCAAUUAUGAUGACCUCCGGAGUCAGUUCAGCAGCAUAGAGGUGGUUCACUCCAGUUCCUCGCAGGCUCUCUCGGUGCCGACCACGCUGUUGCCCCAGAGAUCCACCAGCAACAUCGAACAGUACAUCCAUGACCUGGACAACAACUCCUUCGAGCUGGACCUGCAGUUCUCCAGUGAGGAGAAACAGCUGCUGUUGCAGAAGCAGACCAACCGGAACCCCUGGCACCAGUUUGUUGAAAAUAAUUUGAUCCUGAAAAUGGGACCAGUUGACAAAAGAAAGGGCCUGUUUGCUCGUCGAAGGCAGCUGCUACUGACAGAAGGACCGCAUCUCUACUACGUGGAUCCUGUGAAUAAAGUCCUUAAAGGGGAGAUUCCGUGGUCUCCCGAACUGCGACCAGAAGCCAAGAACUUCAAGACUUUCUUUGUCCACACGCCACACAGGACAUAUUAUUUAAUGGACCCCAAUGGCAAUGCGGACAAAUGGUGUAAGAAGAUCCAAGAAGUCUGGGGAAAGAUUUACCACAAUCAUCAGACGACAGACAUGUAGAGAGAGAGCGAGCGAGAGAGGGAGACUUCCUCAUGAAUUGAGCCUUUUAUUCAUUUGAAGAUUAAGUAAAACAUACAUUCUGUAGAAGGCUUGUGCAAUACUGAUCCCCCCCCCCCAUCGAGAUUAGGGAAAAUAAACGAUGAAUAAUUUAAUCAUCCAGAACAGUUUGCGUCCAAAAGAUAGCAAACCAAUCAUUUCCACCAUUUCAGGUUAAAGAAGAAGAGGGGACGGUGUGAUAAUAUCAGCUGUGCGCUCAGGAGAGGUGUCAUCAUGAAAAUUCAGCUGGAGGGUGAAUUUUGUCAUGAAUCUGCACUAAUAUGCCGUAACCAGUAAAACGUACACACAUUCUCUAUAUAUUCGCUCACCAGCCACUUUAAUAGGAACUUGUUCUUGAUUCAAAGAUCCCUGUUCUUGGCUGCAGGACUGGAACCCAAUGUGUUGUUCUGCUGUUGCAUACUGAGAUGCUUUUCUGCUCACCACGGUUGUAAAGAGUGAUUAUAUGAGUUGCUAUAUCCUUCCUGGUAGCUCGAACCAAUCUGGCCAUUUUCCUCUGACCUCUCUUAUCAACAAGGCGUUUGUUUCCACCCACAGAACUGUCGCUCACUCAGUGUUUUUUGUUUUUCGCACCAUUCUGUGUAAACUCUAGAGACUGCUGUGUGUGAAAACCCCAGGAGAUCAGCAGUUUCUGAAAUACUCAAACCAGUCCAUCUGGCCCAAACCAACACCCAUGCCACAGUGAAAGAAAGUCACACUUUGAGAUCACAAUUUUCCCAUUCUGAUGUUUGAACAUUGUGAACAUUAACUGAAGCUCUUGAUUUGUAUCUGCACGAUUUGAUGCAUCGCGCUGCUGUCGAGGGAUCGGCUGAUUAGAGAAUUGCAUCAAACGGCAGCUGGAUGGAUGGGUGUUCCUAAUAAAGUGGCCGGUGAGUGGAUAUAUCUCCUCUCGUCCAAAUAGCCGACGUUUUCUCUGAUGCUGCUCGUAAUGCGUGUUUAAUCGAUUUUCUAAUUUAUUGUCACUAGAAAUGUUCUUUUGUAAAGUGUCGAAUCUGACACUUCAUUGUCGGCCUGUUUAAUCCUUUUGGGCCCUUUUUCCUCUUUGGUUUUCGAAAACGUUCAAUGACAUUUUUAAUACAUAUACAUCACUGAUCUUAAAUAUAUACUUGUCUAUUAUUAGCUAGAGCCCUAUUCAGAGGGGAGUCCUAGGGUACUUUCCUAGUUUACAGGUGCUCCUUUGUGAUCCACCAUGCCAGUGUUUAUCUCCACCCUCCUCUGAGGAAAAUUACAGACCUGCUGGGUUUUUUUUAUUUUUUUUUAGCCAAACUCAGCAGUCGAUUGAUCAUCUUGGUCUGGAUGCGCACGUCUGAUUUUCUACACAGAUGUCUCCUGACGUUACAAAUAACAAAAUGUUUGACUGCUGCUACUUGCAGCGUUCAGUCUCGUACCGCACGCAUCAUCGCCCUUCAUCCAGAUAUUAAACACCUUCCUGAAUCGCAAAAUGAAAAACUGAAGGGUUUUGAUAAUUUGUGGUUAUGACCCCCCCCCCCCCCCCCCCCCCAAAAAAAAAAAAGAAAGAAGAGCCAAUGUUUCUUCUCAGUGCCUCUUUGAACACUGAUGCCCCUUUUCCACCAAAUCAGUUCCAGGGCUGGUUCGGGGCUGGUGCUGGUUCACAACUCGUUCAACUUGCGAGCCAGCUGAGAGCCAGUUUGCUUUUCCAUCGCUAGCGGUGCUAAGCGGAGCCACGUCAUUACGUCGCUGUAUACGUCAGUUACAUCGCUGUAUCAGUCAGUUACGUCACUAUGUUUGCAUAAACCUUGGCGCGAAUAUCGAAGCAAAAACAACACGGAAGAAGCAGCAGCAGCAACAAUAAUAAUAAUAAAUGACUGCGUUUGUACAGCUGCUGCUUCUCGUCGCUUAAAAAUGGCGAUCUUUCGCGGUCUUGUUAUUGUUGUUGGUCUUAACAACUCCGCCCCCCCGCUGACGUAAGCGGUUCUUUCCUCUGGCCCAGCAGAGAGUUGGUGCUAGCCUGGAACCGGUUUUUCUGGCCCCAGAGCCAGUUCUUUGUCAGUGGAAACAGAAAACCCGGUUCUAAACUAAGCACUGGCCCCGAACCAGCCCUGGAACUGCUUUGGUGGAAAAGGGGCAUUAGAUGUCAUGUUGUGAAUGGAGCGUGAUCAUAUGACCACAUGACACCAAAAUCCACAUUCAGAGAAAAUCCAGCCUGCUUGAGACGCACUCCUUCUGUGGUCAAGAGUUUCAUCACUGAAGACAUAAAAAAAAAAAAAUUAUAUAUAUAACAGACGUCCUUCUGAUAAAUUAAUCCAAUAGGAUUUAAGUUGUACGUUUCACGUUAAAAAUAUUUUAAAAUAAUAAGGCGAGUGUGUAGAGGAUUGAAGAAGUGGGCGGGGUUUCCGAAAAGCAUGCACUCUCCAGAUGCUGGAGAGUCCAAAACACCCAAUCGGAUAUCCCAGAUUCACACGUUGAUUAGUUUGUCAGUCAGGAUGUUUUUGCUGAGCUUCUACACAGACUUGCAGGUCUGAUCAUAUAAUCGGCAAUAAACGUCGCUUGAGACGAUAAUCUCGUAAUAUUGCACAAGCCUAAAGACGUUCUGCUCGGGAGCGAGCACCUUGCUGUGUAGUGUUAGGCAGAUUUCUAAUCUUACAUGAAUAAUUUCUAAAGAUGAGAGCCAGUGCACUGCUAAUACACAUCUAAAAGCUCCACAUGCAUCAGUUUGCGUUCCCUUUAAGGGCUGCAAUCAUCAGGUUUAACAUGCCUGUCUGUCAUUAGCUACAAUAUUCCUGACAAGGACGUACACAGGUACUCGGAUCAUGAUAAGAGUCAGUGGAGGAAGAGAAACGCCAGAGGAUUGAUUUGCAUUUUGCACUGAACUGUACAUAAAGCAGUACGAGUGUACGUAUUUGUCAGUACAUGACUGCUGUCGAUGUUUUUUUUGGUUGCACCGUCCUCAUUCGAGGACUUUUUCAGCAUGAAAUCAGUGCCUGUUCUGUUGGACUUUAUUAAACGACUUGAUAUUUAUUGAAGUUCGAGGACACCGGGAGUACACGCUACCCCGUGUUUCUCUUCUGUACAUUAUUGUUGAUAAGUUUGCUUCGUUUAACACGGGCUGCGCUAUCAGGGAAGGCUGAGGAGUUCGUUUGAGGUCUGGAACGCCACACGAGAUGUGCGGGUUUUGUCGCCACAAAAACAAUACGUUUUAAGCAGUUCCUCUAAGUCCUGGAUUCAGGAGGCUCACGUGCUGCGUCAUCGAUAAAAAGACAAAAUAAUAGAUAGUUUUCACUGACGUCACGGCAUUCCGGGGAAAGCCCCCCAGCCACCAUCUUGCAGUGCAAACAAAACGGACCAUCGCCAUUACCGGCUACGUUAUCUCGGACGAAUUUAUGAAGUUAUAUAGUCAGUUUUCUAAAAUAAAGAUCAAUGUCAGCAAAAUCAAGCAAACAGAAGUAUAUAGAUACAUUAGAUGACAUCUCACGACAACGGUAUGCAGCCAAACUGUCCUUGAUUGGGGGAAUUGACCCCUACGAAGUGGACAAAGAAGCAUUUUCAAGUGACUAUGCAGGGCUGCCAUCCAUAUCGUACCCUGAUAUUGUGAACUAUUUCGUGAAUACUAAAAGCGCCUACACACUUGACGACCUCAAAGCAUACAAGUCGCUGGAGUCAUACAAUUAUUUUGUCUGUGGCUGGGUCCGCGAAGUCCACCAAAAACAAGUGAGAGCCAUGUCCUAAUUACAGCCAAGGUAUGUACACAUUGGAGUUUUAGAGCUCUCAACACUGCAUAUAAAUAUAUGUGUGUAUAAUAUCGAGUUGAUUUAAGACAAAUUUUACAUCCAUUAGUGGUGUACCAUGUCAGUAUAAACUUUGUAAUAUAAUUAACUGGUAUGUAGGCUUGUUACACAAUUGAUUGUUUAUUUAAACAACUUUACCACUUAUAAAAUGAUCGGAGCAGACUUUGCUGUGUUUGGAAGGCUGAAAAUCCUUGCGGUUGAUUCUUGCAAGCCAUAGAUUUCUCCUUUGUAUGCUGAGUUUCUUUAUUUGCUCGCCUUUGUGCUCCCGUACAGUGGGAAUUCCAUAAAAGCUCCGCUUGACGUCAUCAUCUGACCUAUUACGACAGCCGUGAAUACAACAGGUGUGCACCAUUGCUAGCUUUAAAUAGUAAUAAUGUAACUAUAAAUGUAAAUAAUAUAUAAAUAAAUGUAACUCGCGCGUUACAAUGUGUGCUCGGUGACCCGUACGGUAAGCUUGCCCUACAAGAUGGCCGCCACCAGGGAAUCCCCGACUCUGUGACGUCAUGUGAAAACUAUCUAUUGGAUGCUGUUUAUGCAGAAUGGUCUCGUUCUGCUGUUAUAGUGGCAUUUUCUUCGUACUUUUUGUGGUUUUUGGUUUACAGAUCAGAUUUUUUUUUUUUUAAUGUAGAGAUUCUUAAAAUUCAGCUAAAGGUACACUUUAUUCUCUGCAUUUUUUUAAUGGUUUCAUGGAAUUCAGCAGGGUUUCUAUGUUUGUUUGUUUGUGUUUUUUCGCUUUCGUAAAAUUCUGUGCAGCUGUAAAUAAGAUCUAUAUAAAUGCAAUCCCAAACACACGACGAAAUGCUGUAUCUGUCGUAAUUAACACAUGGAUGUCGAUUUCACCCGAUGGAUUUUCUUCAUCCGUUUGAGACUCUACCUGCUCUGUGGCCGAACACAACUGUGAUGUACAGAUAUUCAGAAAGUAACUUAACGUUACAAAGAUACAGCUUUUAUAUUUUUAUUCUUCUAUAAGAUUAUUUGCUGACUGUGGUUCAGCUUGCUGUUUGUGUUUUUAUUUAAAUUCUAAUAUAUGAACUGCGUUAGAAGAAUUCAUGUUCAGGGGCCUGAGAAAUGUAAAGCCUUUGAAUGUGAAAAAUACUCGUAAGCCAUUAUCUUUCGCUACCUUCUCAUUUCUUUGUACCUUUUCUGUUUCGGUUAUUGAAUUCAUGAUGUUGAAGUGAAAUGUUUAUUUUCCUGGGUUUUGUGUUAUUUAAAGAUUGAUGUAGGAAUGUCUGACAUGAUCCAAUGGCGACUCCGAGAAUAAAAGCAUGUAUGUUUUUAUUA